UGUUCCUCAGAUGCUCUUCAUGUGUUCUUGUACGCUUGCGCAGUAGUAAAAAACAUGGUAGAAGGGGUAGAAAAUCAGUGGUGGGGAGCCCGAAAGCAUUGAAGCAACUGAGGAACUCUUUUCUCAGUUCGACUGUAUAUAUAUAUAUAUGUGAUUCUCUCAGUGCAGUUAACCUAACCAUAAUUAGUGGUUAUCUGAUUUUUUAAAUUAAAAGUAAUUUUUUAAAUUAUAAAAUCGAAAAUGGGGAAAAAACAUAGCGAUAAAAAAAAAGUAAAUGGUAAAAUUAAAACAGCAUUGAAAACUGAAAAGAAUUUGAAUGCGAAACAAAAAAAAAAACUACAAGCUAUGGGAGAGGAAGAUAUCGAAAAAGUUAUUGCUGAAAUUGAAAAAGAAGAAGCUCAAAGACAAAAAGUAAUUGAAGCGGCUGUAGAUCAGCCAUCUAGAAGAGUUAACUUCACUUUAACACCACAUCCUUUUAAAAAUGAACUUAUUAUGUAUGGCGGAGAAUUUUAUGACGGUCAAAAUACAACAGUGUACGGAGAUCUUUUUUUUUAUAAUCUGUCAAAACAAUCAUGGACAGUAAUCAAGGCACCUGGUGCACCACCUCCAAGAUGUGGCCAUCAAGCACUUACUAUUCCUAAUAAUAAAGGAGAGAUGUGGAUGUUUGGUGGUGAAUUUUCUAGCCCAUCUGAAUCACAAUUUUAUCACUUUAGAGAUUUGUGGGUGUAUCGUAUAACAGAAAAAAAAUGGGAGAAAAUUGUAGCAUCUGGUGGUCCUAGUCCAAGAAGUGGUCAUAGAAUGGUAUAUAUGAAAAAACAAUUAUUUAUUUUUAGUGGAUUUCAUGAUAAUCUUAGAGAAUAUAAAUACUUUAAUGAUUUAUACAAAUUUGAUUUAACAUCAUAUCAAUGGAAUAAGAUUGAAAUUUACGGAAAUAUACCAUCACCAAGAUCAGGGUGCAUAUUUCUCCCAACGCCCGAUAAUAAACUUCUUGUUUACGGAGGAUAUUGUAAAGAAAAAAUUAAAAAAAAUGUAGACAAAGGUCAUAUUCAUUCAGAUAUGUUCAUUUUAAGUCCAGAUAAACGAGAUGAAACAAAUAAAAAAUGGAAAUCUGCUUUUGUUAAACAAAGUGGAACAAAAUUUUCUCCGAGAUGUAGCUCAACGGCAGUUUUGAUACAACCAAACAUAGCUUAUAUUUUUGGAGGUGUUUAUGAUAAUGAAGAUGAAGAAGAACUACGAGGAGUUUUUUUUAAUGAUCUUCUCGUAUUGGAUAUUGAAAAAUAUUACUGGAGUAUUGUUAAGAUUUCUAAUAAAAAUGAUAAAUCACAAACAAUACAAAAAUUAAUUGGUGAUGAUGAUGAUGAUAAUAAUAUUAAUAUGCGGUGUUCUACGCGAGAAGACAAAUCUACACCAGUAGUAACAGUAAUAAAUGAUGGAAUAUUUACUAUGACUAUUGGUUCAGCUACGGAAACUUCUGCUAUAGUACAAAAAAAUCAAACAAACACAGUUAUUUUUUCUCCGUCUCCUCGAAUAAAUACAGGACUUGUUGUAAAAGAUAAUGCGCUUUACUUAUAUGGUGGACUUUACGAAGAUGGAGACUGUCAAUAUACUUUAAAUGAUUUUUAUAGUUUAGAUUUACACAAAUUAAAUGAAUGGCAUACAAUAAUCAAAAAUGAUAUUUCGUCUCAUGUUUGGUUAGAUUCAGAAAGUUCUACAUCCGAAAGUUAUAAUGAUGAUAGUUAUAGUGAUGAUAGUGAUGAUAAUUUGUGAAUUAAAUAUGCAAUUUAUAAUAAUAUUUCUUUAUAAUUUCAUUACUUUGAAUGUUUAAAAAAAUCAAUAAUUUUACAUUUUUUAUUUACACAAUAAAUAAAAAAAAUUGUAUCAAU